AUGAAUAUGCCUUGGAGGCGUUCUGGUCACGAUCGAACACGCUGCGACAGUUUUGGCAAACCCCCCAAAGUAGUCGGUGAUUCAUGCCAAUCUUGUGAAAUUCGCCAAUUUUCCGGGUCCGGUUACAAUUCCUCGACAAUCUCGACGUCUAUGUUGCCCUUGCUUCCGCCCAUAAAACGAAGCAGUGCUCAUGAACCUGGAACCAGCUCCGAACAAAACCAAUGUCUUCUCGGGGCCGCUUCCAUCGAAGACCUCUUUGAUGACUUUCUCGUCGCAUUGGGCGGCGCGCAUAUACCUACUUGUCCAGUU